AUGGAAACAAAGAGUAGUACUACUGCCUUUUCUGCGGACGUUCCCGUUCCUAAAUUGCAUGACAAACGUAAUUAUGCGGAAUGGGCGAUUCGGGUGCGAACCUACUUGAAGAGUCGAGAUCUAUGGGAGGACAUCAUUAACGUUGGCAAAAACGCAGCAACUUCUGGGCAAGAAGAUGAUGAAGAUGCUAUUAAUGUUCCGAUAAGGAGGAAUUACAUGGCUUUACAUGCGAUCCAGAUGUCAUGCGGGCCAGACGCAUUUUCCGAGAUUAGGACCGUUUGUUCAGCCCAUACUGCUUGGCAAACAUUGAAAAAGAAGUACGAUAAGGGCAACAUCGACAAUAGUUAUCUUAAUUUUGCGGACUUGUACAAGGCCGUGCUUCGUGGUAAUAGGGCUGCUGCAGAGGAGUUUCUGGAUUCUCAACCAGAGGCAGUAAGGAAGGCAAUCACAGAUAAAGGCGAAACGGCUCUUCACAUUGCUGUUACUGCUGGACAUGACGGUAUAGUCAAGGAGUUGGUGGAUCGAAUGACGAAAGAAGACUUGGGAAUUGAAGAUGGUGACGGUUGCACAGCUCUAAUGAAGGCUGUUGAGUAUGGAAGAUCCGAACUGAAAUUUGGGUAA